AUGACCUCCCCUCCUUCAUCGCAUCCAUUCCUGCGUCCCGCCGUCGCCGUCGCUUCAGCAGCGUCCGGCUCACUCGACGGCCAGCAACGCAGGGCAUCGUACGGCUUCACUGGCGCCUACCAGUCAAUGCUCACGCCCGUGACCGGCAGUGAAGACACCUCCUUCGCCAGACCCACGUCUCCAGCAUCGGCCGCAGCAACAUCAUCACGCGGACCAUCUCCCCGCCCCCCUUCCACCACCCGCACGCCCUUUGACACCACCAUGAACGGCAGCGCCGAGCCGUUUGCAGACCCCUCCGAAUCGCCUCGCAAGCUGUCGCGGUGGGAGGAAAAGGUCCAGGGUGACUUGGCAGGCUGGCGUGGGGGCGAAGGCGUGCCCCAGGCGGGCGUUCCCAACGAGACAUACUAUGGCCAGCCUCCCACCGGUGUCGUCGGCCGUGAUCUCCCAAAGGAGAUUGUUCGCAUCGAGCGCGACUGGUCGCUGGGAGACAUUUGCCAGUUCGCGACCGCCUUUCCUCUCGAACUCGAGUCCCGUCUGUCCCCCGCCAGCUUCCAGCUGUUCGUCGAGGCCAUCAACGACCCAUUGCGAGAGGCAUACUCGACCAGUGGUGCGGUGAUUGACAACAUCAUCGCCAUCGUCACGUGGUGGACAAGCCUUAUUUGGCGUACGAGCCACUUUGAGAAGGAGCUGCAGCGCGCCGAAGAGGUCAUCCGCAUGGCAAACGAGACAACGUUCAACCGCGUGGGUCUCAACAUUCUGUCGCCUCGUGAAGUCGCAUUGCAAUACCUGGAGAUUGAGUACUACUGA